GCCACGAAGGCCAAACUGGCGCCCAAUCAACUCGGCCAAAACCUGGUCCUGUCUGGGUCGGUUGUUCUAACGUCGUGAUACACUGUAUUAAUCCAGUCGUUCGUGUCAGGUCUUGUCCUGGUGCUGCUGUGUGCUGUGUGCGUGCGAGAAAGCAGGGCGACAUCGCCUACCGACCAGUUCAAACGCCAAUCGCCACGAUUUUUACCCCCUCCAAGGCGAGAACCAAGACAUUUUAAUACUAUUAUCUUACUGAUUUUCUUGGGUUUUUACUUCUGUCCUGCAAUCCCACCUGGCCGCCUCCCGCCCGCCGCCCCAACCUUACUCCAAUCUCCCCGAACCCAGGAUCAGACCCGGAACAUCACCUCAUCGGCCCGGCGGAACCGCGCACGCCCGCCGACCAAUUUUCUUUUCUCGCCUAGUCGUGGCUUCGCAAUGGGCUUCAUCGGCGUCUAUCAAGCGCUCUACGACUACGAGCCCCAGUCGGAGGGCGAGCUGGUCUUGGCGGAAGGCGAUCUGCUGUACAUCCUCGAGAAGAGCGCCGAGGAUGCGUGGUGGAAGGCCAAGAAGAAGGCCGGCGAAGACGAGGAAGAGGAGCCCGAAGGCUUGAUACCCAACACCUACGUUGAAGAGGUACAACCAAAAGCUCACGCUCGCGCUCUUUUCGACUACACGAGACAAUCAGACGAGGAACUUUCUUUUCCCGAAGAUGCCCAACUAGAAGUAUACGACGACUCGGACCCCGACUGGAUCCUCGCCCGUUACGAAGAUGACUACGGCUUCGUGCCGUCCAACUAUAUUGAGGUCCAAGAUGGCGCCGCAGAAGAAGCGGCUGCGCAGGUACCACAACCACCCGCUCUCCCCGCAAGGAGCCAGGUUGAUGAAUCUCCACAACCUUCUCCGGAUGAGACUUCGCCGAGCAGCUCAGCAGUGACUGGUGCCGUGGCUGCAACUGGGGCUGCCGCUGCGCUGGCUGGGGUCCUGACCGCGAAAGCCGCCUCAUCUUCAGCCGCCGAGACCAGAUCGGCCCCUCCCCCGCUUGCUCUUCCCCCUAGACCUACCUACACGUCCGAGGGCAGUGACACCGAGGAUGCGAGGUCGCCACCGCUGCCGGCUCGGCCUCGAGAGCAGUCGCACCGCUCCAUGGACCAAGCCGUGGUGUCACCCCAAUCCCCGCCGUUGCCGCAGCGAUCAGUCAACUUUGCCGAGCGAGACGAUGUCAUUGAAAACUACCAGACUCCAACCUCUCCGGGACUCUCGCCUGGUGGUUUCCGCAUGUACAACAUCAACGAAAUGGUAUCUGUGCUCGGCAAGAAGAAGAAGAUGCCCACGACGCUUGGCAUCAACUUGAAGACGGGCACUAUUUUGAUCGCACCGGAAAGGGCGCAGGACGGGCCAUCGCGCGAGUGGACGGCGGAUAGGAUGAGCCACUACUCUCGCGAGGGUAAGCACGUAUUUCUUGACCUGGUACGUCCCAGCAAGAGCCUGGACCUCCACGCCGGAGCAAAGGAUACGGCGGAGGAGAUUGUCAGUGUCCUGGGAGAGCUUGCUGGCGCCAUCAGGGCCGAGGGGCUGCGCGAGGUCAUCAUGGCGGGAACGGGGCAGCAGCAAAAGAAGGGUCAGGUGCUCUACGACUUCAUGGCACAGGGCGACGAUGAAGUCACUGUUGCUGUGGGCGAUGAUGUCGUCAUAUUGGACGACACCAAGAGCGAAGAUUGGUGGCAGGUGCGUCGGGUCAAGAACGGUAAGGAGGGCGUGGUUCCGAGCAGCUAUAUCGAGGUUAUCGGAACGGUGCCUAUCCAGCCGACAAGUGCCGCAUCAGGCGUCAACGCGGGCAAGUCGACCGUGGCCCAGAACCGACUCGAAGAAGAACGCCUUACGAAAGAAGCAGUCCGUGCAGCGAUGAAGGACGAGAGACGGCAAUCAGAGCGAAGCAGAGAAAAUGGAAACUCAUCCAGCUCCAAGCCGAAGUCAAAGCCGGAUUCGUCAAAGGUAAGGACAUGGACAGACCGAUCCAAGUCCUUCAGCGUGGAAGCGCAGUACCUCGGAUUAAGGGAUGGAAAGAUCAACCUCCACAAGAUGAACGGCGUCAAGAUCGCGGUCCCAAUCGCCAAGAUGUCCGUCGAGGAUCUCGAGUACGUCGAAAGGGUCGAAGGUAUUUCCUUGGACGAGGACAAGCCACUGUCCGUUGUCAAAAAGACAGCAAUGUCAAACAGGGUCUCGUCCGGCGCCAGGAUUGGCGCUUCCAUUGAGCCGCCAAAACCCGAGUACGAUUGGUUCCCCUUCUUCCUGGGAUGCGAUAUCGCGCCUGGCCUUUGUGAACGUUACGCGCAGGCUUUCACAAGGGACUCAAUGGAUGAAAGUGUCUUGCCAGACGUUGAUGCCACCAUACUGCGCAAUAUGGGCAUUAGAGAAGGUGAUAUCAUCAAGAUUAUGAGAUUCUUGGAUAACAAGUAUGCACGAAAGAAGAAGGGCGAGGAAGAAUCAGGGGGUCUUUUCUCGGGACCUGGCGGCACGCUCAAGAACAAUACAACUAGGGGGCGCCCCAAACCAAACUCGCAGACCAGCGACGUUAUUGACCCGAAAGCUUUCACAUCACAAGCCACAGGAUCGAGCGCGACUGAUGCCAAGUCCCCAGCGCCACCGGUCAUGACACCUGCAUCAGCCACAGGAACAACGGCCAGUGGCUUUGACGACGAUGCAUGGAAUGUGAAGCCUUCGAAUAAACAGACUUCGGCUGAAACGGCGGCCCAAGCUCCCUCGCGUUCGGCCGAAGCUCCAAGCUCUACCACACCUGCUCCCGCUCCCGCUCCCGUCCCCGCCACAACCCCUGCCCCAAAGCCUAUGGUACCUGCUCCAACAGGAGCUAUGCAAGAACUCUCCCUUCUAACCCAACCUCUCCAGCCUGACAAGACUGCGACACCCAUCAUUGAGACCCCCAUACAACAGCCGCAGAUCCAGCAGCAAUCUCAACAGCAGCAGGGAGCGACGCCGUCCUUCUUCUCUACCCUUACACAACAGCCAACAGGCGCACCGUCGGUCAACGGCCAGCAGCCGGGAUCGAUGCCAAGGCUGAGACCGGUUGCCCCUCAGUAUACCCAAGGACAGGGCGCUCUUGUGCCACCACCUCCUUCGCGCCCGCUGUCAGCACCACAGUCGGCUCAGCCAAGCGCUUUCACGCCGCCACCUCUUCAGCCCCAAAUGACAGGACACGUCGCUCCACCAGGCCAAAGCCUGAACGAAAUCAGCCAGGCUAGGCUCCAGCAGCAAUAUGCCCAACAGAUGCAGCAAAUGCAGCCGCAGCAGACGAUGGGCGGUAUGCAAGGAUUCCAGCCGCAGCCAACAGGGCAGCCUGGUAUGAUGAUGCCGUUCCAAACCGGUAUGCAACCACAGCAGGGCUUUGGUGCCGGGCCUCAAAACCAGUUCAUGCAGCCGCAGCCCACCGGCAUGAUGGUCAUGGGAAUGAACAUGAGCGGGCCACAGCAGAUGCAGAGCCCCUUCGCCGAUCCUAAUAGGCAGUCUACAUUCUCUCCGGUUCAGAUGCAGCCUACAGGAUUUCAAGGCGGAUACAACCCAAUGCAACAGCAGCAACAAUUCGGCAUGCCACAGCAGACAGGCGGUGGUGUCAACAGCUUCCUGCCGCCGGCAAUGGAGCCUCAGCGCACUGGCAUGCCCCAGAUGCCCCAGAUCCAGCAGCCCCAACAGCUCCAACCACAACAGACGGGGACUCACUUCACUCAUGGCUUCGGCAAUGCGGGAAUGGCGCCGCUGCAGCCACAAAAGACUGGACCUCCGCCCCCAGUCCGCUUUGGGAUCCAGGAUGCGCCAAAGCUUGCACCACAGCCCACUGGGCGACGGGCGAACCUGUCUGCUGCUACGCCGCAGAAUCCAUUUGGCUUCUAAAGGUCGUCGGAAUAGCCGGGUAUUAGAACGCUCACCCCGAGAGCUUUUGUGAUCUCGAUUUGAGCGUUCGCUGAGGAAACACCAUGAUAAUAGUUUCAUGUAACCUCAUUUUCAUCACCUGUACCUGCAAUGUUCGCCACCACUGCUUACAUCUAUGGGGACUGCUUUCAAUGGAUAGAGAGAGCCAGACUAUAACAGACAGCAUAACGAUUGGUUGAUCUACGGUUCAAUGAAUGGGCACAUGCAAUCCCCCCUGCGGCUGUCAAAGCUUCAUGGGUACAGACGCAUUAAGUUUCAAUGUUCAGACGGUGAAAGUUGGGCCGUGACUGCUACAUCUGCCUUCUGCGGUUAGUAGUUUGCGCUUGGUAAAGCUUAACGGUAACUAGCCGUGAGGUUGACCGUUGGCGCCGCGGACCAUUCGGAGUUUGGUCGAAGAGGACGAAUCUGGAGCAGGGUCCAGUCUGUUGAGAGGAAGAGGCCGAUCUACCCCCUGCAAGAACAAAAAAAACAAAAUGAGGGGAAAAAAAACCGGCAGAAAAUUUCCGACUACCUGCCUGCUCCGCAAGUGGCUGCCUGAUACCUUGAGGAAGUUUACUUCGAGAUCCUGCCGCGAUUUCUAAUAGUCGGCUUUUUGACUGGCCCAUUUCCCGGAAUGGAGAAGUGACAUGGUAAACCGCAGGGGGUUGGAAAAUCUCUACAAGUUUGGAGAGGCUCUCUUGAUUAGUGGCGUUGAUGGAACGAUGUAAUGGGCCAUACCUUGGUUUGGCCACGGAGUUUGGACACAGAAGCACGGUCCUGACUCUGGCAGGUGUUGAUGGGGAGGCCGGCUUGUUUUCUUUUUUUGCUAAUCAUGCCCCUUUUUCGUUGUCUUUUUUCUUGUCUCUACCCUGUUCUUGGUAUGAACGUCUGCUCGCUCGAGGAGGGUCACUGUGUCACUUUUGUCGAUUGUUCAUAUUACUUCGCCGCAAAUUUACAAAACAUCAUAAUAUGCAUAUUGUAUCGUAUCAUCCUCCCAUCACUAUGAGCAGCGCCUUAACCAAGGCUAAUGUAAC